GGACCAGAUAAGUUAUUUCGUUCCCGGGCCUCGAAGGCUAACACACUCGCCGUCAAAUGCUCGACUUUUCAGCAUUUUUGCAAUAAUAUCGCGAGUGAUUGGUGCCAGAAUUGUGAAAGCUCGCGCGCUUUAUUUGUCCUAGACUUUCAAGGCUGGGUCUCAGCGCAGAGGCCCAUGCUGUCGCGGUCAAUGUGAUUUUACACGAUGACUUAGUUCCGAGCUUUAUGGGAGUAAUAAUCUAUAGUUCUCUCAACUUCUGUAUGAGUGGUGGUAUUUUCUGGUACCACUCUUGGGCAAGCCCUUAGCCUCAGGAGUCGUUUUAACGGUCUAUAGAUUUAAUGUACAAAGUGCUACAAUGUAACCCGCAGCAAUAAAGCUUCACUAUGGAUGUUCGAUGGUUCGUCUUCUUCACUCACUUCGCUAUCGUCCUGCCUUGUUUUUUCCACCUCACUGCUACUUUUAAACAACAAGGGGGCUGCUAUUUCCCGGAGCGAUGGGAGGGGACGUGGUUCCAGUCGGGGGUCCGACAACCCAUCAUCAUAGAAGGGCCACGACUUAGCAGUAAAGGACGAUGUCUAGGAUCGGAGGGCGACAAGUUCUUAGUCGUGGAUGACAAAAGGGCGUGCUAUCGUUGCGUCGUGAUUCACGAAAAACACGCAAACGUUCUACAGUACAAAGAAACGUUCUGCCACAGUCGAGAUUCCCUUCCGACGUUGUGUAGCCUAAUAACAGGGGACGCAUUGCUCUUUUCCAUGUUCAGAGAGAAUGCAGCCCCUGUACCUUGUCCAUUCCGAGGGCCCUUCACUUUUACAUACAACAGGGGCCACGGCGAGUGCCGAACCCCCGUGUCCAGUAUCGAUACUUGCACGGAAGACAGCAGACUCUUGUUGAGUUAUCAGGCGUGUCCUGAUGUAUACGGGUCGGAAAGCACCGUGGAAGAACUCCAGUGCCUGGCGGUAUGGAAAGAAGGUAGUUCAAGGUAUUUAGUAGGCAAAGUGCACCACAACCAUGCGACGUCCAACGAGGACCGUUUCAGAUGCUUUGUGUAUGAAAAGGCAUCACCGGCGUCGGAAGCUUUGGAUGGUGUCGAUUAUAGAGUCGCACAAAGCGGAGACGCGACCUGUAAUGGACUCUUCAGUGCCACCGAGGGAAGCAGGACUAUGAUUCUUAAAAGAGCUCCCUCGUUGAAUAAGUGUCGUUUCCCUUCCUGGGUGGUAAAUUAUAUCCACUGGCACACUUUGGAUUACUCGGCAACUUACAAUUUUCAUCAUAGGAACUCCACCCUCAGGAUAACCAAUUCAUCCGGACUAGAAAUGAAAGUCGUCUGUGCCCAGCUGAAACCUUCGUCGAGGGAUGAAAACUCUGUAGUGCUUCUGACACAUUUCACAAUGGGAUGCCAAAGCGGAUUCACUUGUAUGUCCUUCUAUAAGCGCGACAAGCAUGUCAUGGAAGUCCAGAUAGGCGCACACACCAAACGACAAGAGGAAGCCUGCAAUCCUGCUUACUUCAACAGGACCAAUUUGCCAUACGUCACGCUAGUCACGACCAGUCCCGAGACGCGGGCGUGUCCCUACAGUGGCAAAUUCGAAGUCAGCAACUUGAUCAGAAGCGAGAAUUCCCAUCAACCGGACUCUCGUUAUUACGACAACAACUAUUACGUUAACAAGUUCCCCAGGUCGGUCCGCGGAGACUCCGACCACAUGAAGAGAAUCAAGAGACUGGACCAAAAUCUGGACUGUGACAGCAACGGCUUCACCAGUCUCGUUAUCGGUUGCAAUUCCAUCGAUACGAUGGAAUUUCGAGCACAGUGCUCUUCACCCGACAUCAUCACCUCUUACUCGUGUCACGGAGGAUGGAAGGAGAACGGCACCAACUACUUGAUAACAACCCCGUUGAGUCGGGCGUCUCACGGUUCUCGGCGAUACUGCUUCAUCUACAAGGAGUCCACUCCUGAUUUGGUGCUAUUUUCAACAUCUGCCGAUAACUGUGAUCGCAUCGUCAGGCCGGGAAUCACCGGAGAGCUGGUUUUUAACGUCACGAGUACCGGCAAGUGCGUCGAAACCAGCAAAUCUGAACGAACAAAAGCACUCCUACUACUCACCUUCUUCUCUUAUAUUCUAAAAUUUGCUAUCACAGCGCUUAUUCAGAGAUGAUCUACAUAUUCGUAAGUUAGGAAAUUUUUCAAUGAUGAGACUGUAAUAAUUAGGUCCUUGCCGGUCCGAUUUUUGUUGUGAAACGGAAUAUCUUGGUUGUGUUUUGUUGUUAAAUAUGUAAUAAUAAGUAGAAGUGAUUAAAGUUCAAAUGUACAGCACCGCCCAUCCAUACUCGAAAACUUUUCUUCUAUUAUUUUCUUUGACACUCAACUUUCAGUCGGAUGGGUUCAGUGCCGCUUUAUUAAAAUUUCUAGAUCUUUACACACUUCUCCCUUAGAAAUGAGUCUCAAGAUACGAUUGUAUAUUGUAAUGUAAUAAAUAUAUACUUUAAUCUGUGAUUACUGCAAGUAGAACCGAUAGAAGAAGUAACCCUCACUUUUAAUCACUUUGAAUCGAAUCGUAUAAUUAGUGUUUUUAAAAGGUGUUCCUCUCCGACCUAUUUUUAACUUUGCUUCAAUAGUUUUAGAAUUCUUUUCAAACCCAGACGAAACAAACACAAUUCGUGGUAAUUUUCAUUCUGUCGAGAAGAAAUCGGUUCUCGUGAUAGCACACCUUAAAAAGGACUCAACAUAUCAUUAAAGCGUGUUGAAAAUAAACGAAUGUGUUUGUUUCCGCCCCGACACCCGGACAAUUAUAGAACAAAAUAGCUGAAAACUGUGAUUGAUUUUAUUCAAGGAGUUUUUAAAUGAAUGAUAAUAGCAUUUUUAUUCGUAAAAAAUGCUUGCAAUAAAAUACGUAUUUUUGCACUUAACACUUGCUUGUUUAAAAUAUAUGGAUGGUGAUAUUUUUGGUAACCGGAAGCAAUAUUUAUAUUUAUUUUUGUUAAAUUGUAAUCAUGUUUGUAAUUGCAAUUACUUUUAGAUUAUUACGUUUUUAUUUUUCCAUGAGCAAUAAUAUAAGAUAGUUUAGUAGAAAUUUGUAUACCUACAUAUUAUACAUCGUUAUAAUUUAUCAUUUUAUAAUUACAAUUAUUGACAAAAUGGUUGUCAGAAAAAUUGGUGGGACAAUUUGAUGCAACUUUACAUCACUCGCGUAUUUUAAGUCAUCUAUAGAACAAUAAAAUUUUCCACGAAACGAUAUCUUGUUGAACCAAUUUAAAUUUGGUUUAAGUUUAAUGCACGUAUAAUAAUAUCAUUUAAUUCAUGUUUAUCUUGCUUCUCUGAAAUUUUAAUUUACUGUAAAAUUCUCGGUAAAAUGUUUCUUGCAGACUCGCAUAAAAUGUCCCAUCAAUAUCGAUAUACGUCUUAACGAAACAUAAUUUGUGUUAUGCUUUUCGAUAUCGAUAAGGCAUAUAGUAAAUUAUUUUCGUAAUGAUUUAAUGCCGAAAUGAUUAAUAUUUCAUACAAAGUUGUGCGAUUUGCAAUCAUUGUAAGAUAUGUAUGUAUAAUUUAUUAACGAAUGAAUUUAGUGGAUUAGACUAGUUGAAUAUGUAAAAUAAAUAGAUUAAAUUGGAACAAACUCUAAGUUAGUACUUGUAGCAAGUAGACUGUUUUACAAAGGCAGAAUAUGUACAGUACGUGAUGACUCGUUUGUACAGACAAUCAAGGAAUGCAAUUCAUAUUAUAAACCGGGGCUUACGCAAAACUUAUCUCAAUUGCAUCUAAUCUGAAACAAUCGGUAUUUUAUUAACAUCCGCCUAAAACGUGCAAGUCAUACAUGAACACAUUUUUAAACCAAUCUCAAAUAUAAUAAUUAUACAAACGAGCCAUUUUGUGCUAUAGAAGAAUGGUGCCUUGGAUGUUUUGUUUGAUAAAAAAAAAAACAAAAUGUUGAAUAUAUGAACAAAUACAAUUGUUGUAAUAAUAUCUGUACAUUAUCUGAAUAAAACAUGGAAGAGAUGA